AUUUGCGUUCAGACUUUCCAGUCCCUAUUCUGUAAUACAGGUUUAACAUUUUGGGAAGUCAUAGUUUAAUAAGCCGAUAUCGUGAUUGUUAAAGUUAACAGUUAUCGUCUUCUGUUUUAAACCCUCCGAAUGGGAAUGCUUGUUCGGAAUCUGGAAGUGUUAAGCCUGUGUUAACGUGGCUGGCACUGGCUGCGCAACCACUUCGUCCUGCUCUGCAGGUUCCUGCGGUUGUCUAAUUUUGUUAUUUUUUUUUAAAAACUUGAAUGUGUAUGUUUUAUUGUUACUGGCAGUAGCUUACUUUUCUGCGGGCAGAUUGUCUUCGAUUAUACAUCAUGUGUGACGAUGCUGCUCAUGAACACUACCGUUCGACAUGCGACAUUGGGCCUGCGACACGUGCAGCUCGAAUCAGUCUACCGAAUCUGUUUCCAGAAGUCCAGGUGCUGAAAUUCUCCGAUGAUCUCAGCUGUACUGAAACUGUUCUCUUGGAGGCCAGCGAAGAGCUGAUCACCAAGAUCGAGAGCGGAAUAAGAUUUGUGAUUAGAGGUAGCCGGUGCGAUACAGCCGUGCUGUGCUCUCCGGAUCGCACAUGGGAAAUCAAAGCACGUGAAACUAGCAACUCCCUACUAGUCGCUCCCGAUGUUGCGACAGCGGGGAAUCUUUCUUUGGGUGGAGAAUCCAGUGUGACCAUUCGAGAAAUUCCCAGCGUCACAUCGGAGUAUUUGGAAUUACGACAAAUUAUUCCUCACUGGGGUUUAGCCAAACACUUACUGGAGGAGGCUCCGUUUUCUGGAUAUGCGAAUGAAGAAAAAGUCAACGAUAAACGAAAAUACACAUUCUCAGAUUUACUGGACCUAGUGCAAAGCAGUGAAGAAGAACUGCUAUGCUAUCUUCGACAGAAAAUCCCGGCUUGUGAAAUUGAUGGGUAUUGGAGACUUUUGGACAAUCAUUACAUUUACUCCAUUGCUGAACGGAUAGCAUCUUGGACAAGAACCAACGCUCUGGACGAAAACAAAAUUCCCUCAUACGAAGCAUACACUGCUUUACUCGACAUGGAGCCAGAGGAAGUGAUGCGAAAUUUUUUCUGGGAACGCUUCGCUGAGCGAUCUGGUGAUGUUCUACGGAUUCGCAAAGACGCUAUCAGGCGCCAGCUUGCACGCAUUGUGCUUUCCAAGAUCCAGACGACCUCGUUAUCCGUUAUGAAUGAACUUUUUGUCCGUGAAAUUGGAUCAGAAUUUUCCAUGGCCGAUGUGGAAGGUAUCGCCUUCCGCAUUCUGGAUGAUAAACUGAACGUUACGGAUACGGUAGAAUACUUUCCGAAAGAAGAUCUUCGGAUUGAACCGGAAGCUAGAUUUCAGGCAUUGUUCGAUGCGAGACCUCGUUGGACCAGAGAAGAAAUAUUGCCGUUCAUAUGUGAUAUUCUUCUUCCGGGACAAACUGCUGACCAGCUUUUGUUCAAAUAUGCUAAAUCGUAUCUGGACAGAUCAAGGAGUAAGAAACGAUCUCAAACAGAAACUGAAGAUACGACUGUUCGUCCAAUGACGUAUUUUAUCGCUUUGCGCCAGCUGUGAUUUGAUAUACGCAUCAAUUAGCACAGGGCGGUUGGCUUUCACAACUCACUUAUCGACACCGGGUUUUUUGACGUUGCGUAACGCGGGUCAGUAGUCUAGGGGUAUGAUACCUGUUUUGGGUACAGGUGGUCCCGGGUUCAAUUCCCGGCUGGCCCCAUUUUUUUAUGUACUGUUAAUGCGAACUGGAGCCCUUGUGCUAGGAUUAUCGACUUACACGGAUUGUCGGCUUCAUUGUUUGGUUUUGCUGCAUUGUUCAGUUAAUCUGGUGUGAAUAAUUAACAAGUGGAAACUUCCGAAUUUUUUACUGUCAGAUUGUGCUCGUACUGACAAGAGUCUGAUGUGACAUAUCACGCUGGCCGCUGCUUAUUUUAUUCUCGACGCACUGGAAUUUUAACCGCAUGCCAAACAGUUUAUCAGACGAAGAGGAUUCAUCUAAAACUGCAACAACAACAGCCUUUUUUCAACAGUAAAAUUAAAAAUACCAUAAACUGUAAAUCACGACAUGAAACACUACUGGCAGAACAAUCUGUCACAUCCACCGAAACAAUCACACCUGGCCGCGUUCCUUCUGAGAUAUCGUAUCCUCAUUCACUCCCGACACAUUCACUGUUCCUUUGAUCUUCUCGGUGACUGCAUACGCUGAUACGAGAGCCUUCUGUCGGUCGUUCAUCUUCUUGGGCACUUUAAUUUUAAUAUGGAGAUAGUGAUCGCCAUAUCCAUGGCUGUUGACUUUCUUAAUUCCCUUUCCUGGUAAAUUUAUCUUAGUAUGAGAUGAAGUUCCAGGGGGAAUAUCGACAUUGUGGUCGUCAUAGAUUCCAUCCACUCGCAUCGUGCCGCCUAACACUGCCUGCCCGAUGGAAAUCUCCACAUCGCUAUGCACAUCCGCUCCGUCCCGUCGGAAAAUAUCACUCUUCGAAACGCGGAAAGUGACAAAGAUUUCUUUCGUUCCCACGGGCAUCCGGAUAGUCUGCCCGUCCUCUACACCAGGCGGAACCGGGACGGUGAUGGUUUUGCGCUGUACGGUCUUGCCUUUCCCUUCGCAUUCCGUACACGGGUUUUUGAUGUAAACACGCGUGCCGCGGCACUGUCGACAGGUACUGCGCAUCACAAACGGUCCUGUGCUGACUGUUUCCAUCCCCGUUCCACUGCAGUUGGGACAUUUCACAGGUUUUGUGCCCGGCGCGCAUUUCGUCCCCUCACAGGAGGGACAAGUGUCGGUGACAUUGACGCGGAUAUCCUUAUUGAUACCGCGUGCAGCUUGGGUAAACGUGAGAUCCAUCAUGAUCUCCUGGGUGCGGGCGAAACCCUGCAGAUUAUCCGUGAAAUCAGCCUCCUCAAAACCAAAGCCUCCGCCACCGCCAGUGAACGCCGCAUUCCCGAAUAUCCGUCUGAACAGUUCUUCCGGAUCAAUGUGGCCGGAGAAAUCCUGAUACUGGAACCCGCCACCAGGUGCUGCGCCUGGUCGGGGUCCUCCUCCACCUGGUGCUGCCCCGGGGAAUUCAUUACCGGCUGUGCCCCAUUGAUCGUACUGCUUCCGCUUCGAUUCGUCGCUAAGAAUUUCGUAGGCUUCGGAGACUUCUUGAAACUUUUUCUGCGCUUGUGGAUCAUUCUUAUUGGUAUCCGGAUGGUACUUUUUGGCCAUCUGAUAAUACGCCUUUUUAAUAUCUUUCUGCGACGCCGUUUUACCCACACCCAGCACAUCAUAAAAAUUCUUUUUGGCCUGACACCAGGAACUGGAAGUAUGCAGCUCCCUGGAAGAACUCGAAGUGCCGAGCACGGCUGUAAGAGGCAGUAAUGAGCGCUUCAGAAGAGGUUUGAGUGAAUUCUCGCCUUGGGAAACAAAGUAUGUUCUGCAUGGCUGCUUUGGAAAGAUGCACAGAAAAGGCGAUUUGAGGGAUCCGUAUUUCAAUGGGGAACAGGAAUAUGUAGCGGAGUGUUGUGACACAAGCUGGCGCAAUGCUGAGCGCAGUUCACAGCAGCCUCUGGGUGUGAAACCCAUUUUCGUGCAUAUCAGUUCGCACUAGCUCUGCAGAAGAACACACAAUUGAUUACAUCCGCAAGAUACUUUAUGCAAAAAUUUGUGAACAGGUACAGUCAAUCUGUUAAAGCUGCGAAGUUUAUUAAUUAAUACAGCUAAUGGAAAAAUUAAAACUAAUAUCAGUAGUUGACUGCAUUGAGCAAAUCGGGCGAAAAUUUUCCAAAUUUGUGCGUACUUCACGGUUUUUCUUGCAGUAACCGCAGUACG